ACUAGGGAGGGACUUAUACGAGCACGUCAGUUUGGCGCUGAGAAAGCGACUGGAGACGUGCUCAUCUUUCUUGACGCUCAUUCAGAGGCAAAUUAUAAUUGGUUGCCCCCACUUCUUGAUCCUAUUGUUGAAGACUAUAGAACAGUUGUUUGUCCUUUUGUUGAUGUAAUCGACUGUGAAACUUAUGAAAUUCGCCCCCAAGAUAAUGGUGCAAGAGGUUCGUUCGAUUGGGCUUUCAACUACAAACGGUUGCCAUUGACGAAAAAGGAUCGUGAAAAUCCCACGAAACCGUUUCCAAGUCCUGUAAUGGCAGGAGGUUAUUUUGCUAUCUCAACGAAGUGGUUUUGGGAACUGGGUGGAUACGAUGACGGCCUUGAUAUUUGGGGUGGUGAACAGUAUGAACUCAGCUUUAAGGUUUGGCAAUGUCAUGGCAGGAUGGUAGAUGCGCCAUGUUCGCGUGUUGGACAUAUUUACCGUUGUAAGUACAUGCCAUUCAAGAACGCAGGCAAAGGUGACUUCAUCAGCAGAAACUACAAAAGAGUUGCCGAGGUUUGGAUGGACGAAUACAAGCACAACCUUUAUAAACAUCGUCCGGGAGUAGGAAGUGCUGAGACUGGUGAUUUAUCUAAGCAAUUGGCAGUCAGAGAACGACUGAAAUGCAAGUCAUUCGAUUGGUUCAUGAAGGAAAUAGCUUUUGACCAAGAUAAAUAUUAUCCUGCUGUAGAGCCAAAACCGUCAGCUAGCGGCGAACUCCGAAACAAAGGGACAAAUCUGUGCGUGGACACCCAGUAUAAGCAGGCCAACCAACGUUUUGGACUUCGCAAAUGUAUUAGUGACGAUCCGAAUUCCGGCGGUGAACAAAAUCUUCGAAUCACUCGGUGGCACGAUAUACGUCCAGAAGGACGGUCUGUAUGCUUUGAUGCGUCUUCUUCGGAAGACAAAGCACCCGUCGUGUUAUUUGAUUGGUGCUUUUCGGAUUUUAGUCACAGUAUGAAAGGCAAUCAACUUUUCAAAUACAGGGUGGACACGCAAAUGAUCUUUCAUCCAGUCUCUAAUCAAUGCUUAUCUGUGGAGCCAGACGGCUCGGGUUUUGUUUUUAUGCAGAAGUGCAACGAGGAGUCUCUUACUCAAAAAUGGAUAUGGCAGGUUUUGGACGAAAAGCUUCUUGAUGAGCGGCAAAAAGCAGAACCUAAUGAAGAGGAGUGAAC